AUGAUUGAAUGUGAAAACCUAAACCAGGAAGAAAUAAUUAAAGAACUGUGUUUAUGCAAUGGUUUGUCUUAUGAGAUGGUUGGACAAGAAGGAUCAGAUACUUCAAAACUGGAGAUGUUUUUCUCAGGGUAUCCCCGUAUAGUUGGAUUAUCAUUAUUUCCUAAUUUAACAAGUCUCACAGUUGUUGCUCAAGAUAUAAAAGAAAUUUCAGGGCUAGAAACUUGUUUACAACUUAAAGAACUCUGGAUUGCUGAAUGCUGCAUAGAGAAAAUUGGAGGUCUUCAAGAAUGUAGAAAUUUAGAAAAACUAUAUUUGUAUUAUAAUAAAAUUUCCAAAAUAGAAAAUUUAGAGAAAUUAUUCAGAUUGGAGGUUCUCUGGCUGAAUCACAAUACAAUUAAAAAUAUUGAGGGCUUGCAAACUUUGAAGAAUUUAAAUGACCUCAACCUUGCUGGAAAUCUAAUAAGCAGCAUUGGUCGAUGUCUUGAUCCCAAUGAACAACUGGAAAGAUUAAACCUUUCUGGUAACCAAAUAUGUUCUUUCAAGGACCUCACUAACUUGACCAGGCUGUGUCACUUAAAGGAUUUGUGUCUGAAUGAUCCUCAAUAUAAAACCAAUCCAGUUUGUCUGCUGUGCAAUUAUUCUACACAUGUAUUGUAUCACUUGCCUAGCCUUCAAAGACUUGACACAUUUGAUGUGUCAGCAAGACAGAUCAAGGAACUGGCAGAUACCACAGCAAUGAAAAAAAUAAUGUAUUACAAUAUGCGUAUAAAAACUGUUCAGAGGCGUCUUAAUGAAGACCUUGAAAAACUGAAUGAUCGAAAAUGCAAAUUACAGAAGUUGCCAGAAGAACGCAUAAAAUUAUUUAGCUUUGUGAAAAAAAAUCUGGAACGAGAACUUGCUGAACUCAAGGGAUCUGGCAAAGGGCACAGUGAUAGAUCCAAUAACAAUAAAGUAACUGAACUUGAAAAAUCAAAGAACUGUGAAACUGUCACAGAAGAACCAAAUCUUCAACAGAAGAUACUGACCAAACUAAAUGCCUUGAAUGAAAGGGUAACAUUCUGGAACAAAAAAUUAGAUGAAAUUGAAGCAAUUUAUCGUGUUGAAGUAAAGCAAAAGAGGAAAAGUCAUGGAUUAUUGAUCCCAUUUUUGUUAAUUGAGUUGGAAACUGUGGGAAAUAUCCAUUUUGAAGAAGGCACUCGAUCUGAUGACUGGUUUAACUCUUGCUAUGAAUUAAUUCUCUCACGUUUUUGUACAUGGGACUUCAGAACAUAUGGUAUUACAGGAGUGAAAGUAAAACGUGUCACCAAAGUCAACAACCGUAUUCUGAGACUAAAAUUUGAAGAGAAAUUCCAAAAGUUUUUUGACAAUGAAGAUAUGCAUGAUUCAGAGAACUAUCGAAAGAUGCUGGAAUGUCUUUUUUAUGUUUUUGAUCCUGAAGUUACAGUGAAGAAAAAGCAUCUGCUCCAAAUACUUGAAAAAGGAUUCAAAGACAGUGAGACAAGCAAGCUGCCUCUCAGAAAAGAAGCUGUGAUUCUUGCUAACAGCCUCAGUAUGUGUGAGUGCCCCAGAAUUGAAUUUUUACAGCAAAAGUACAAAGAUGAGAAGAACUCUCUUGAGCAUGAGCUCUUCAGGCAUGGCAUUCUCCUCAUUACAAAGGUCUUCCUUGGACAGAGUGUUCAGGCUCGUGAACAGGACUCCAUCAAUCAAGCUAACUAUCCAAUGGUUAAUUCAGUGUUCGUUCCUCGAAAAUAUAUACUAAAUUCUGUCAUGGGACAAAGAAACUGUGAUUGCAGCGUUCGGCAGUGCAAGUGGUUUGUCUUUGAUCAUGACCUUGUUUUGCCAGAAUACAUUGUUGAAUUUGAGUAUAUUACAGUGGUCAAGCCUCGCUCUUUAUUUUCUUCAUUCAACAAUGUUAUUUUAGAAGAAAGCAAAAAAAAUUCAGAAGGAUCAGUAUUGUCCCAGGAUUUGAAAUUUGAUGAUGAAGUUAUAAAAAUGGAUCCCAGGAUUAAGCCCAGACCAAAACUUAUUAGUUUGGAUGAUAAAACAAUACUUUCUCUUGCCAAGACUAGCAUUUACAGUCAUAUUGUGAAUCUGAAUCUCCAUGGAAAUAGCUUGAGUAAAUUGAGAGAUCUCUCCAAGUUAACAGGACUUCGAAAACUUAAUAUCAGCUUCAAUGAAUUUACUUGUUUAGAUGAUGUAUACCACCUGUAUAACCUUGAAUAUUUGGAUGCAAGUCAUAACCAUGUGAUAACCCUAGAAGGAUUUAGAGGUCUGAUGAAACUGAAGCACUUAGACUUAAGCUGGAAUCAACUGAAAAAAUCCAGUGAUGAAAUAAAUAUGUUAUGCAAACACACCACAAGCCUUCUUACUCUUGAUAUUCGGCAUAAUCCAUGGCAAAAGCCAGCCACAUUAAGGCUAAGUGUUAUUGGCAGAUUAAAGACUCUUACUCAUUUAGAUGGACUCCUAAUUUCUGAAGAAGAAGCAACAGCAGCUAUGAAAUUUAUUACUGGAACAAAGAUUACUCAGUUCUCUCUCUUACGGCAUUCUGGUACUAAAGAAGAGAGACCACGGAUACUUAGUAUAUGGCCUUCUGCCAAAAUUCUGACACAGAUUUCGAAGUUAGGACCACAUUUACAUCUGAGUGGAAACUGGUACUUGAAGAUAACUGCUUUAAAUUUAGAUGGGCAACAUCUCUUUGAAAUCACAAAUUUAGAAAAAUUGGAAAAUUUGAAAUGGGCAUCAUUUAGCAACAAUAGUCUCACUAAAAUGGAAGGCUUGGAAUCCUGUGUUAACUUGGAAGAGCUCACAUUGGAUGGAAAUUGUAUCUCAAAGAUAGAAGGCAUUUCCAAGCUGACUAAAUUAACCCGCCUCAGCAUAAAUAAUAAUCUUCUCACUGGUCUGGAAAAACACACCUUUGAUAACUUGCUUCAUCUUCACUUCCUUUCUCUUGAGAACAACAGAAUUACUUCAUUGAGUGGUUUACAAAAAGCUAUUACUCUGAUUGAAUUAUACAUAAGCAAUAACUAUAUUGCUCUCAAUCAGGAGAUCUACAAUUUAAAGGGUUUAUGCAACCUGGUCAUUCUUGACCUAUAUGGAAAUAUUAUUGUAUGGAAUCAAGAAAACUACCGGUUGUUUGUAAUAUUUCAUCUUCCAGAACUGAAAGCUUUGGAUGGAAUCUCAAUUGAACCACCAGAGACUGAAUGUGCAAAAGAUUUGUUUGGUGGCAGACUUACUUCUGAUAUGAUUGCAGAACGACAUGGACACUCAAACUUCACCCAAAUGCAAGAACUAAAUUGGACUUCAUCAUCCAUCAGAACUGUGGAUUUGAUUCCAGUUGAUCAAUUUAGAAAUGUAUGUAAUGUGAAUCUGCAAAACAAUAAUCUUACCUCAUUCAGUGGAUUAAUCUAUCUGCCUAAUGUGAAGGUCUUAUGCCUCAAUUAUAAUCAUAUUGAAUCCAUCGUGCCCAGAGUAAAACCUCAGACUCACUUGACCAACAGACAGCUACUCUAUCAGAAAGUGCCUUCAAGUGGCUACGGACAACAAGGAACUUCAAAAACAAACAGAGAUACAAUGAGCAGUGAAAAUUUGCCUCCAAUAAUGCACAGUUUAGAAGUGCUUCAUUUGGGCUACAAUGGAAUUUGUAAUUUAAUUCAGCUACAGCUUAACAGACUAAGAAAUUUAAAAUUCCUCUUUCUACAGGGGAAUGAAAUCAGUCAAAUUGAAGGGCUUGACAAUUUAGCAGUCCUUCAGGAAUUGGUAGUGGACCAUAACCGCAUCAGAGCAUUUAAUGAUAGUGCCUUUGCCAAACCAAGCUCUCUGUUGGCACUUCACCUGGAGGAAAAUAGACUACGAGAGCUGAGCAAAUUACAACCUUUGGUAAAACUAGAGAAACUCUUCCUAGGAUAUAAUAAAAUCCAGGAUAUGGCAGAACUGGAAAAACUUGAUGGUAUCUCUUCUCUCAGAGAGCUUACAGUUUAUGGCAAUCCAAUUUGCAGAAAAACAUUACAUCGCCACGUGCUCAUAUUUCGGCUGCCUAACUUACAGAUGUUAGAUGGAAUUCCAGUGAAUUCAGAUGAUAGAGCUAAAGCUGAAUUUCACUUCUCUGAACUCCAAGCAAAGAAAACUUCGUGUAUUCCUGUUACCAGUUCUCCAAUGGAUGGUGGGUCAUUUGGCCAAGUGAAAGCUCCUCCCAUAAAGAUAACAAAUGUAAUUCUGCCUGGUGCAUUUAACCAUUACCUGGGAUCCGACUUCACUUUAACUCCUGAAGUAGAAGACAAAAAAAACAAGAAUACAGGCAUUCUGACAAAUAAUCCUCGGAGCAUCCAUGCAGAAAUAGCUUUUCGGCAACUCAGAGGACUCAAUCUCUCUCCAUCUCUUUUAUCACAUCAGAGUAUGGCAUCUCCAACUGCACAAAUGUACCAGAGCAACCCAGAUGAGGGAAGAUAAAUUCAAUUCU